UUUAUUAUUUGAAUGCACAAAUAUUAGGUAACAGUAACUAGGUUUAAAUUUUUUUUUCUUAUCCCCCCCCAUACAAAAAUGAUAUAUACGCCACUGUAGAUGUUAACCCAUAACUACUAUAUAUCUUCUGUUAUUAUUUAUUUCACUAUUGAAUAUAACUAUCAUUGUAUCCCUUUGAUACUAGUCAACAACUGUAGUCUAUCACGGUAGCAACUAUCGCAUGGCAUAACUUUUUAAGAUAUUUUGGAGAAGUAUCAUGAACCAAGAGCAUCUUUGAGAGAUGACUUUUAUACAAGCACCAUUUAAAUCAAGAAAAAUAUUUGAAUUUUGUACAUUUGAUUUAAUUGUUACUCCAUAUUUAUUGACAAAUUAUUUAAUCAAUAUUAUUAAUUAUAUUUGUUCUUUUUUUAUGAAUAUGUUUAUGUUCCUUGACACAUUUUCCUAAUGUAUGAUAUGAACGUCAUCUACAACUUAUAAAAUGAUUUAUUAAACUUAAAAACUAUUACCUAUGUAUUUAUAUAAGUUUGUUUAUGUUUGUCAGUAGUUUAUUUAAGAGUAGAUUGGUAUUAGGUAGUUAUUCCCAUGAUCACAUCUGGAAUAAAUCUAAUUGAGUGUUAACACUAAAAUUACUUUAACAACAUAAAUAUGAACAAUUGUUUAUAAUAUUGUCAAUACAGUUUUCAUUUCAAUCAUCAAAAUUAAUUGUAUACAUGCUUUGAAAAUGUUAUGACACACAUUACAAAUGCAUUUACUAACCAUUACACUUUUGAAAAUUGUCAACUAAAUGUAUAUUUUCGAAUAGCUUCUAGUCAUAGUUAUACAACAAAAACUUCAAAGAUAACUCGGUCUUUACAUCCAUAUAAAAUAUUAAUAAGACAAGUCUUAAAAUCCACAAUGCUGAAUAAUGGGUACCUAUAGUAAAUUGGUAAACGUAGAUAUUAUUUUUUUAUAAAAAAAGAAUAUUGUGGUCGUCCAGAGCGAGAAGUGAUAUAUACAUUUUAUUAAUAGAGAAUUGUAUGUAGAUUCCAUUCAAAUAGCAAGUUCAACUAAUUUUCCAGUAGUGUCCUUGAGAGUUUUCAAAACCCAUAAGAAACCAAAAAACAAUAAAAUAUUAAUUGUUACAUCAAUAAUAAAAUAUUAAUUGUUACAUCAAUAAUUAAAUAAUACUUAUUGAAUUAUUUGCAAUAAUUAGGUAUACUUAAGUUAGGUUACCAUAUAGGUAGUUUUUGUAAUUUUUAGAUUUCGAAGAAAAUAGUCAACAAUAGUUUUUACUUUUUCUCUUCUGCUCUUACAUUAGUUGCAAUGUCAAAUAUAAUAUUACAAAAUUGAUAAUUUACUGUAAUAAAGGUACUUAUUUGAUUUUCAGAUACAAAUUCUUACAAAACAGUAUUAAAAAUUGAAAUACUUUUAUUCUAGUUUCUAAUAUAAAAUUGGUUUUUAGCUUUUCAUAAGUCAUCACACAAGCAUAGGCAAUAUGGCCCAUUAUUCUGUUGAAAUAAAUAAAAGUAAACUCUUAAUACUUAAAAAAAAACAAUAUUUUGUUUUUGUGCAAAAAAUAUGGCUCAAAGUGGCCAACCAUUUUGAAUAGGUAAUGAAAAAGACAGAAAAAUAAUAUUAGUAUAUGAGGAAAUAAUAAAAAAAAAACACCAUACAAGACAAAAAAGCAGGGGGGAGUGGUACGCGAUGGCGAGGUGCCACUGGCCACCUCCAUACGAUCCCUCGAAGUCUCGACCCGUCCCAUUGAGUGCAAUGGCCAGCGCGUUUGCUCUCGGGCGACGGCCAUCAUGACAGGGCCAAGGCCCGACAGCCACGACCGCUGGAGCGACGAACGGUGAGCGGUCAGCGCGAUGUUGUGCGCAUUGACAAAGUACCGAGUGAGCUGACACAUAACCAUCGGAAUCGGCGGCGACCGGAGGCUUGACUUGACCGGCGGUAUUGCCAUUGGAAGAAAAAUGGGGACAAUCGUCGGACCACGCCGGAACGCACCGCGAUCCUGAUAUUCCCCGAUCCUCCCUGGGGUCCCGUCGGCCGCAUCUGCGUCCCAGGUGGCCGUCCAGGAGUCGUGCACCACCGUACCCUGAAACGUUAUCAGUUUUCCACGGGUCUGGCGGUGCUGACAUUCGUGUCCCUAGCUUAGUUAUCUAUCGCUCACCCGUUGUGUUUUGCAGCCCCCCCCCCCCCGCGUCGAGCACACAGUCAUCGUCGUGGUACCGUCGGGGCUGAGUCGUUGUCCGCGCCGGUAUCGCUAGCCGCUGUCUAGUCGUCCGUCUAUCGCUCCGAGGGCGACCGAAAAAUCCGGGACCCAGCCGAACCGCCAGAUGAGAACGCGUGACUCUGACCACUGCGAUCCCGUCGCACCACGGGAGGUCGGAGAACGUAUUUCGGCGGCUUACCGCCGUCCGCCGGACACCGUAAAGCGCUAUGGCGCGCACCAUUCUCCACGUCGCCGUUGCCGCCGUCUUGUCUUGGUGUUCUUCAGCUAUGGCGGAGGGAUAAGGGAAACUGCGGAUCUCAUUCCCUUCGGCAGCAGCAACCGCACGGUAACAGGCUCUUGACGCCUCUCCGUGCGGCGCUGACAAUGCGCCUCGGCCGACCGCGCGAAGGGUUUCUCGUUACCGCAAUGGGCGCAAUGGUUGUCGCCGGAUGUUUCUGCCUGUCCUGCAGCUCCGUAUAUCUUCCCUCUCUUCUUGUAUUCCCUCAGCCGGCACGUCUUCCUCGUGAACCUCGCCGCCAGUCAGUAUACGACGCCCUGCCCAUUGUUCCCUGUCGUCUCGAUGGGCGGCAGUGCUGGUUCGAUGUCACCACUUUCCGGCAUGCUGCACACUGCGUCAACAAUCUCGGUCACGAUGCAUCGCAUCUUCAUCUAUAUCCUCGGGGUUUGAAAUGAUUAGUUUUUCUUCGGGCGGAAGAAAAUCUUCGCCUUCGAUAGACAUCGUCCAGUUACCUGCAACGAAGCUCAGAACAUUUAAAUCAAGUGUCGCAAUUAUAAUUUCGUGAAUGGUAGCCAUUUUUUUUCGAUAUAUGUGGUUUGGUCAAUCAUAAAUAGAAUAGCCACCGUUUGGAUUUCGGGCUCCUUUAUUUUUCAAAAAAUCAUUAUUAUUGAAAUAUUCUCAAUAAUAUUAUAGGUACUACCUAUAAUAUUAUUAAUAACAAGGAUUUGUAUUUAGAUUUUUACUAUACUACAGUGCUCGUCUUAUACUUUUCAGGUGAAAUCUUUAAAUCUUUUAGAAACGAUGAAUGUAUUGAUUAUGCAAUGACAUGAUUCAACGUAUGCAAACAAGUUUUAUGGUAAACAAAUUAUGAUUCGAUCUCCAAAGUGAUAUAUACCUAAACACCAAAGCAUAGUAAAUUUGUACUUUGAAGUGAUUGGAUCCAAGUAGUAAAGAUUAUAGUCAAAUCCAAUCAAAAAGAUGGCACCUGGAAGCAAUAUUUAUUAAUUUCAAGGUUUAGUGAUUCACAAUCAUUGUUAUUUUCCCAUUGCAUGUUACUGUAAAAAUAAUAAAUAAUAUUUGACAUCAAAUUUCUUUAUUUGUUGUAAGCUUAUUGUAACUUGGUGCUCUUUUGUUAAAGUUCAAGAUAAAUUAUUACAAAACCUUAAAAGCACUUGUUGACUUAACUAAUUACCCAUAUUAGCUUAUAACUUCUUAACUUAUUCAGUUAAAAUGUUUGUUGUUGUAAAUUAACUUUGGUGAUAAUUAAAAGGGCAAAUUAUAUGUUAAACUCUACCCUUAAAUAACAUUUUAACACGUGAAUUGUUAUAUAAAUAGGUACCUAAAUAUUAUGAUUUAUAAAAAGUAAUAAUUUUGUAUAAAAAUGCAUCUAUUCUGUUCGAAUUCAUAUUAUUUUUGAAAUCAAUACGAUAUCCACGGCUACGCUUUAUGUUUAAGACAUAACUUGUGGUUUAUAAUUGCGAUGUACUAUAUCAGUCUAUAAACCGUACUUAUUGUAUGAACCUCGUACUUAUAAGAAGUUAAUUGAAUUUGACAGUUAUAAGUAUUCGCAUUAGCUAGUUACCAGCUAUUACAUAUUAAAAAAAAUCACAACAAUGGAUUUCGAACCUGCGGAAUUCAUACCUGUUUGGGAAGAAUCACCAGAAGUAUAUUAUGACCCGGUGAUACUAGAACAUGAAUUAGAUCAGUUAAAAAAGGAAUAUUCCGAGAUAAAAUAUCGGUGCUCGGAACUAGAAGCAGAAAAUACACAGUUAAGAACGGCUGUAAAAACAAAAGAAAAAGAAAAAACAGAUCUCCAUAACUUAUUCAGAGAAAAUACAAUCAAAUUACCAAAUGUCCAAGCAAAAGUCUUGGAAUUAAAUAAGGAAAUAAAUAAGCUAACCACGGAUAAAAAAAAUUUGAUAAUGGCCAAUGAGAAUUCAAAAGAAAAACGCGAAGAAUUAGAAAAAAAAUAUAAAGAAGUUACGGAGAGUAAUACAGCUUUAGUGGUUGCGAACAGAAAGCUAGACAAAAUUCACGCGAAAUGUAAACUAGAAAAAGAAAAGGAAAUCAAGGAUAAACUUCGAACGAAAACUGAAAACGACAAAACAAAAGCUAAGAUUGAAGAACUUGAAAUUGAGAAUAAAGCACUGAAAACACAAAUUAGUAACCACGAGGACGAAUUACGAUUUAAAGAAAUGCAAAUUACAGGAUUGGCAAGAGCCAAUAAAAUUCUCGAGACUAAGGUUGAGAAUGUAUUGAUCAAAUUAACAGAUUCUGAAAAACUUGUAACAGUUCUAGAAAAAAAAAUAAAAACUAUGAAUAAGGAAUGUUCAGAGUCAAUACUUCGAUACUCGAGUCUGCUUAAACAAAACAAUAGCUUACAAAAAAAAUUGGACGAAGCAAAUGAAUUAUUGAUAACGGUCGAUGAAUUGAAAGAAAAUGAACGUGGAUUAUACAAACAAAUGAACACGUUUAAACGAAUAAUAUUAGCAGAGCAAUUGGAAAAUAAGAAAUUAAUCGAAAUCGCUCAUCAAUUGGAGAAACAAAAAACCAGGUUUAUAUACACAGGAGAAGACAUAACGAUAAUAAAGCGCAAAUUAGAAGAAUGCAUGAAACUCAAUCUUGAUCUGUCGAAGAAAUUCAGUAACCUCGACUGUCCUUUCUACCAGUCGAAAUAUGGUAAAAUUGAAGACAAGGAACCAGCCAUAAAAUGCGGUUCGAUAAAAGAAAAACAUUAUGAAAAUAAAAUAUUUGCUUUGGAACAAGUGAUCAAAGGGUUACAUUUAAAAUAUGAUAGUCAAGAGAAAAAACAGCUUCAAUAUCGAGGCGUGGUGAUUAAAAGCUUGUAUGAUGUAAAAAGAGCAGUAGAUAAAGAAAAGGCUACUAGAGCCUUGCUCGAAAAACAAAAAUAUAAUAUUAUCUAUGAUAAAUUAGAAGUCUUGGAUAAAGAUUCAAAGAUUCAAAAACUAGAGAUUCAAAAGGAUGAUUAUGAUCAGAAAUGUAAAUUACUUAAUAGACAAUCAACUUUGCUCUGCAGACAAGUAAGAAACGAUUUUAAGAAAAUGGAGUCCAUGAAAAAAAACAUUCGGAGAGCAAAUAAAGUUUUUGAAGGCGUGGAACAAAAAAAUGAUGAAUUACGAAAUAAGACUGAACAGGCAGAGAAAUUAGAGGAAUCUAUGAAAACGCAAUUAGAAUUUAAUAUCAAAUGCCAAAAACGUCAACAAUUAGAAGCAAACCAAAUGAAAUCUACUAUCGAAGAGUUUGAGAAAAAAAUCCAUAAAAUGCAAGAAGAGUUGAAUAAUACUAAACAAAAAAACGAUGAAUUGACAAACGCAGUUGCACGAUUUCAGACGUCAAGCGAAUUUGAUAAGAAAAUUCAAUCGAAAAAUAUCAACGAAGCGAAAAUUGAAAUCGGGAAAUUGUCAAUUGAAAAUAAAAAAUUAACAUUUGAAAACAAAUGUCUUUCGAAGUUGAAGGACGAAAAUAAAUUAUUACAAUCCAGAUUAAUGACUGGAGAACGGAAUUUGUUAUACCUUCAAACAAAAUUCGAUAAAUUGUACAACGAGAAACAACGCCAGAUAAAUGCAUCGAGAAUACCCAAAUUGUAGUUGGAAUGAAGAAGAAAGUCUCUAUUCCAGUUUUGUUCAAGCACAAAAUGUCCACGGUUUUAUAAUGUACAUUACUUAUUGUUAUACAUACAUUUAAUAAUAUAAUAAACAUGCAUAUAAAAUAAA